UGAUCUAUCCUACAACAGGCUCGAAGGAGUUCUUCAGCUGUUUAGCGUGGAGGGCAUGAGCGAUCUUGCACACAUUCGCCUCAACGACAAUGCAUUUCUGGGUUCUCUGCCAAGACACUUCACACAGACCACAAGCAUCAGAUCGCUGUCCCUCAGCAACAACCUCUUUAGCGACACCUUCCCAGCCUUCCUGGGCAAAUUUCCUCUCCUCACUUUUGCCAACGUCAGCCACAACCAGCUCACUGGAGGAUUUGCAGAGGGACUCGGAAGCGCCACUUCUCUUCAAGUGCUGGACCUGUCUUACAACCAGCUUACGUUCAACCUUGUGAACUUACCAUCUUUCAAUCUCAUAUACCUCAGAUACCUGGACCUCUCGUACAACGACUUUGACUGUGAAAUUCCCUGGCAUAUCACUCUGCUGACGCGCUUAGAGCACCUUGACCUCAGAGGCAACACCAUUGUGGUGCCCCUAUCUCCCUCCAUCUCAAACCUGCGCUCUCUCACCUUCCUAGGGCUGAGCAACAGCACACUUGAGGACAUGCCUCUUCUCGUCUCCUUCACAGACCUCAAGCACUUGUCGCUGGGUGGCUCGGGCAUCACAUCGCUGCCCAGCAAGCUCAGCCUACUCACUGGCCUCACCUCACUGAAUGCUUCUGGCAUGGGUCUCACCGGGCCCUUUCCGCCUUACAUCGUCAACUUCCUUAGCCUCGCUUACCUCAACCUGUCGAACAACUACAUAACUGGCAGCAUACCGGAUAAGCUGGCCUCUCUGCUCGAUCUCACAGCACUGAGCCUUGAGAACAACAGGCUUCAGGGAGACAUUCCCGGGAAGCUCCUUACGCUGCCUCUGCUAAAGACAAUCAUCCUCCGUGGCAAUGCUCUUACGGGCAUCACCUCUCCCGGGGCCAUCUCUGCACUAUCUCUCGAAUUCCUUGACUUGGGUUACAACAGACUGGCAGCCAUUCCGGAUCCAGUCUUCUCGCUCACCACCCUCCAACAACUAUACCUGACUGGCAACCUCAUAUCAGGCGCUAUACCAAUGACGUUUUCGGCUCUUGUCAAUCUUGAAACCCUGUGGCUCAACAACAAUCAACUGUCCGGGACCAUCCCCCCCCUCCUCGCCAUCAUGACCCAGCUCAAGAGCCUGAAUCUGGGUAGGAACCUGCUGACGGGGGAGAUUGUCAGCAGCGUGCUUCAGAGCUCAGACAGGUCGAUCUUCGCUCGCCCUUCAGCAUCCCGUGCGGCAACGGCUGCUGCUGCUGUGGCUCAUCCGUCGGUCGAUGGUGCUCCGCCGAGGCUGGAGAGCCUGUGCCUGAGCGACAACUUCCUGAAUGGUUCCCUUCCCGAUUCACUCAUGAUCUUCACCCGCCUCAAAGACCUUCAGUUGCAGAACAACCAACUAGAUGGGUCCAUCCCCAACGUUGCCCCAUUAACCUCCCUCACGAAUCUUCGUCUAGCUGACAACAGCUUUUCAGGCUACAUUCCACAAAGCAUUGGCAGCCUUCUGCUGCUUGAGCACCUGGACCUGAGUGGCAACAGCCUCACUGGAGCAAUACCAGAGGACUUCACAGGCCUUGUCAAGCUCACAGUCCU